UUAUACAAAUACAAUGUGUAUAAGUGCAAAGUGUUGCCACUUUGUGUUUUUGUAAAAGUGUUAUGUUUUACUGAAAAACUGAAUGUAAGAGUUAUUUAGAAAAUUCACAUCGUUUUUACCAGUUUGAUGCGUUACCGUUGUCGACACCAUCGUCAUGGCCGUCAAGGUGCAGUUCGAAAUUGGGCAUACAUCUAAGCUACGAAGCAAGAAACAUCCGCAGGCUUUCACCCACGACUGGGAGAUCUAUGUGCAAGGCGUGAAUAAGGCAGACAUAAGUCAAUUCGUUGAUAAAGUUGUUUUCAUACUACACGACUCUUUUCCUAAGCCCAAGCGUGCCAUCAAGGAGCCACCGUAUAUGAUACAGGAAUCAGGCUAUGCCGGCUUUAUGCUACCUGUUGAAAUAUACUUUCGGAAUCGAGAUGAGCCGAAACGUAUAAUGUACCAUUAUGAUUUGGAUCUGCAGCAAACAGGACCGCCACAUCGUCGCUUUGAGAUCAAAACGCAUGUCUUUGAGUCACCUUCGGAGGAGUUUCGUGCCAAGUUAAUGCGUGGCGGUGGUGUGCCAGUUUUUGGCGCCAACAUUUCUAGUGCGGGCAAUCUCAAUCGCACCCAAUCACCUAGUAUUGGUGGCGGUGAACAGUCUGGCGAGUUAAAUGUUGUUAAGGCCAAAGGUAACAGCAAUAGUAUUGUAAUUGAUGGCUCUUCUGGAACUACCAAAAAGCACAAGUCGCGCAUCGAUGAUGGUAGCAAAUCAACCUACUCUGCACUCUUUGGACAACCCAUUAUUAAGGGUAGUAGUGGCACUACUCUAUCAGGACCCAAAAACUCACCGGAUGACAAGAAAUCAACUGCAUCCAGCAGUAGCAAGGUGAGCUCACACGAUGGCAAGGAUAAAUCAAGCAAGGAGCGUGACAAGUCAAGUAAUUCAGACAAGCAGCGUGAGAAGGAAAAAAAGGAUAGACAUGCCCGAGAAAAGGAGCGCAAGGAUAAGUCCAGCAAGUCUGGCGAGAGCAGCAGCAGUAGCAGCAAACAUGAUAAGGAGAAGGAAAAGGCCAAAAAGGAGAAAUCACGUGACAAGGAAAGAGAACGGGAUCAAGGCAACAAUAGCACUAAAUCUCCAUCUAGUACUGCUGCUGCUGCACUAGUCAGACGUACGCUCAGUCCAAAAUCGACGGCCAGGGGCAGUCUGACUGAUAUGAGUCCUAGAAAAACGACAGAUAGUGCUGGUGGCACGCCCAAUGCUCGCUCCAAGGAGCGCGACGAACACAAGUCAACGUCGAGCAAGUCCGAUUCUAAAGACAAAGAGCGCAGCUCUAAUAAAAAGUCUAAAAAAGAGAAAAAGGACAAGGACAAGGAACGUGAUCGGGAACGCGACAAGCCGCGCGAAGAGCGUGACAAGGACAAACGAAGGCACACAGACAGUCCAGCAACAAGUAGCAGCAAUAGCCAAUUAGAAAAACCGCAGCCAACUCAAACCAAUAACGAUGCAAUAAGGUCAACUGGCAAAGCCACGCCCAAUUCUCAAGGCAGCAGUGCGAGCGCCAGCAGCCUGAUCUCUAGUGGGAGCAAGCGUGCGCCUGACAAAGAGCAGGCGCCCCCAUCUAAUACACAGACGAAGUCUGCUGAAAAAACUGGUGAGACAAGGACGUCCAGCAACAACGGCAGCAGCAGUAAUGACAAAAAAUCGCACAAGCACAAAAAGAAGGACAAGACUAAGGAUAAGGAAAUGGACAAAGAGAAGGAAAAGGAAAAAGAGAAAGACAGGGCGCGCAGUGAGCGCGAUAAGGACAAGGAAAAGGAGCGCGACAAAGACAAAUCCAAGACAGAUCGCGAUAAAGAGAAAUCCCAAACGCAACAAACUGUGCCAGACAAACUUGCAGCUGUAGCAACAGCUACAACAGCACAGGCAUCGCCAAAACCGGAUUUACUUGGUCAGCAGGCUGAAGCUGCAGGCGCAGACAAAACAAAUAAAAAGGAUAAACACAAGAAGUCAAAGGAGAAAACCUCUAGCAAGGAUGAAAAGCGUCAACGCGUCAGCGAGCCAGAUGCAAAGCAUAAUAGCAAACAGCAAGCAGCAGCAACUCCUACAAGAUCCUCAAGCCAAAACAAAGCGCCAAGCAAUUUGGACUUGAGUGACAUGGACUCGGCACAAUCGGCACCAGAUCUGGCGGCAACCAAUGCAUUAGCCGCAGCCACAGCUGCCACACUUCAGCAUUCUGACAGCUCGAACAGCAGUUUUCCGGAUUUGCCAGCCAAGAGUAGUCAACAGAAAUCGGCGCAUAGCUCAAAGAGUACGCAAAACAGCGCUAAGGAAAUUAAAGCUGCUGCUGCUGUUGCGACUGGCAAGGAACAUAAGCUCAAGCCGAAAGCGAUUGACAAGUCAGAAAAGACAGACAAAUCACCGGAGGCUAAACCCGAGAAAUUGGACAAGCCAGAGGGGAGGGAGGACAAGAAACGCGCUCGUCGCCCUUCACCAGUCAGCAACAGUGGGAGUGUUAAUAGUACCUUUAUCGAGCCACCGCUUAAGACAUCCAAAAAGGAGCAAGUGAGCAAAUCUACGCGUGAGAAAUCCAAAUCCCCAUCGAUGCGGUUAUCUGUGAACACCUCGCCGAACAACGUGCCAGCUAACAACAAUAACAAUAACAACAACAAUUAUAGCAGCCACUGUAAUCACUUGCCAGGAGAUUGCCUAAAAGUGUCAGGCAAAAGUACGCCCAUACCUAAGGAAUAUCUAACAAAGUUGCAGCAAUUGCAUCAGAAAAUUAUGACGUUAUCAGAUAAUGAAGAGUUGCAAAGCGUUGUUGAAAUGAUUGCCGAAACGGGCUGCUAUGAACUCACGAAGCAAACUUUUGAUUUUGAUCUGUGCAAGCUGGACAAAACCUUGGUGGCAAAGUUGCAGGAGUAUCUUGAUGCCACGUUUUCAUGACACGCAGUGGAAACAGCAGCGGCAGAAUUAACGAACGGAUCGGCGGUUGUUAGCUAAAACUAAAAACCACCAUAAUGCACUCAGCAAACACAGUUUAUUAUGCGUCAUAAACCAAAUAUAACUAAUAUAUUAAGUUGAAAAGGCAAUUCCCCUACAAAUGCGUAGACAGAUGUCCCAUUUCCCAUAGGCUGUGUGUAGAGUAUGCAAAUGUGCAUAUAUUGUAAGGAUUUGUGCACAGCCCAUAUGUCUGGUCAGGUAUUUAAGAUGUGUAAGUAGCUUGUGAGCGAAAAGUAUGGGAUACUUUGUACAGCUCACACACACACACAGAUACAGAUACACACAUACACACACACACCCACAUCCCCCUCAGUGCAAGGCUAUCUUUUAGAUACUAUAUAUAUAUAUUUAACUUACGCAUACUUAUACAUUUAAUUCUUUCGUUUUUA